CCCACCAGUCCGCGUGCCAACAGAGAUGCCUUUUCCGGCAUAGAGACCCCCGGGUCCAAACGGAAGCUGUACAGCGCUGUGCCAGGAAGACACUACGUGGUGGUCAAAUCAUACCAACCGCAGGCCGAGGGAGAAAUCGUUCUUUACAAGAACGACAGGGUCAAAGUUCUCAGUAUUGGAGAAGGAGGAUUCUGGGAAGGCAGUGCCCGAGGGAAUGUAGGCUGGUUCCCUGCGGAAUGUGUGGAAGAGAUCCCGAGCAAACCCAACGAGGACAGGCCCUAUGCCAGAGCGGACCGUUCAGAGAGAAGGAAGCUCUUUCGACACUACACUGUGGGAUCUUAUGACAGUUUUGAUGCAUCAAGCGACUGCGUUAUCAACGAAAAGACUGUCGUGCUGCAGAAGAAGGAUAACGAGGGAUUCGGGUUCGUGUUGAGAGGGGCGAAAGCGGAUACCCCCAUUGAGGAGUUCACUCCCACUCCAGCCUUCCCUGCGUUACAGUAUCUGGAGUCUGUGGAUGAGGGAGGGGUGGCAUGGAAAGCUGGUUUAAGAACAGGAGACUUCCUCAUCGAGGUGAACCAGGAUAACGUUGUCAAAGUGGGCCACAAACAAGUGGUCAACAUGAUUCGUCAUGGUGGCAACCACUUAAUCAUCAAAGUGGUAACGGUCAGUCGAAAUCUAGACCCUGACGACACGGCUCGAAAGAAAGCGCCACCGCCACCACGGAGGGCUCCCUCCACAGCCUUGUCCAUGCGUUCAAAAUCUAUGACCUCAGAGCUAGAAGACCUAGAUAAAGUGGAUGAAGUCGUACCUCCUCAGAAACCCAUAUGGGACAACUCAAAUGCAGAAGUGAGAGUGGCGACGGUCAAGCCACGUCCAACUAGCAAAUGUUUUCCUGUCAGCCCUGAAAUGAAUUCUCUCUGCAAUAGUCAGGAUACAGCAGUAGAUUCGUCACCACAGCCAGGGAGUCCUAGAGGCCCUUUUCUGGGUCUACCAAGGGGAACCAUACGGCGGCAAACAUCCAUAGGAGUAACCGAAGAAGAGAAGCAGUUCCUUACUCCUCCAAUGUUGAAAUUUACAAGAAGCCUUUCGAUGCCUGACACAUCAGAGGAUAUUCCACCCCCACCAGCUAUCUCCCCUCCAUCUCCACCUCAUAAUAAUGCUCCUGUCCCAGCUGGUCGAGGAUACGGCACCAUCAGAGCAGGUUUUACUUCACAGAGUCCUAAUGCAAACAGCACAGCCCCGGAGAGAGGAGAAGGUGCUGGGUGGAGAGAUCAGGGCAAGUAUUACAGAGACAAUCCCGAGCAGUAUGAUUCUGAGGGGUACAAUCACAGCCCCACGGCCCAGCAGAGUCUUCAUAUGCGCCGUGCCCAAAUCCCUGAGAACCCUUACUCAGAUGUUGGUAAGAUGGGUCAAGCUGGACUGUUUGUGCCCAACAAGCCUGCCAGAAGAAAGGGAAUGCUUGUCAAACAGUCCAACGUAGAGGACAGUCCUGAGAAGACCUGCUCCAUUCCUAUUCCGACAAUAAUAAUCAAAGAGCCCUCCACCAGCAGCAGCGGCAAAAGCAGUCAAGGAAGCAGCAUGGAAAUUGAGACGACCACUCCAGAUCACCCAGGGCAGUUGCGUCCUGAAGAUGGCCUAAAUCCAGGCAGUCCAUUUGCAGCUGCCAUUGCUGGUGCUGUCAGAGACAGGGAAAAAAGGCUUGAUUCUCAUCGCAACUCACCAUCUUUUAGGUCUACAGAUGCUGGUGAUGAAGAUGUGGUUCCUACACCUACCCCAAGGCUUCGACACUCCAAGUCUAUUGAUGAGGGCAUGUUUAGCAGCGAUGAGCGGCUGCGUAGGCUCAUGGCACCUCCCUCAUCACUUCUUAGCAUCCCUAGAGGUGGUGGCAAUGUGACAGACUUCAACAGUCCCGAACCCACCAUGGUAAGGGAACUGUUGAACACUCGUACAGGACACAGCCCAAUCAGUCUGCCUGCUCAUAAGACCUACAGCUCAGGAAGUGGGAAUUACGUUCACCCAGUAACAGGCAAGCCACUUGACCCCAACUCACCAUUAGCUUUAGCAUUAGCUGCCAGAGACCGAGCCAUGAGGGAUCAAUCACAGCCUCUUCCAUUAAAAAGUGACCCAUCCAAACUUGAUCUCAAUAAACCGCUUUUCAUCGACACCAAGCUUAGACCAAAUGUGGAGGUUGGCUUCUCAAGUACUGCUACCAUGGGCCGUCCCCGUGGGGGCUUGAGGAGGCAGAUGACUGAGUCCAAAUAUGAGACAGAAUCCAAGUAUCAGCUCGAUUUGGGCAAGCCCGAAAAGAGGCCUGAGGAGAAGAAAAACAUGCUGAUUGACAUUGUGGACACUUCUCAGCAGAAGUCAGCUGGUCUGCUGAUGGUGCACACCACAGAUGGGGCAAAAUCUGAGGAUAACAGCUUGUCAGAGGGCGAAAGGGACGAGGGAGUGAGUCCCGACAACACCCCUGGGGAGCUUCGCGACCCCAACCAGCCAGCUCCCACCAACCCCCCAGCCCCCAAGGCGCUAUCAGCUGCUCCACAUGGCAAGACCAUUAUAACUGUUAGCUCAGUGGAUGAGCCUGUGAAGCUGCCCUUCGGCAUCCCUCCACCGCCCUUGGCCUCUGUCGACAUCGAUGAAGAGUUUGUGUUUGCAGAACCCUUACCACCCCCACUGGAGUUUGCCAACAGUUUUGACAUUCCUGAAGACCAGGCAGGAAGUAUAGCUGAACUACUCAAACAGAAAGCAAAUGGUACAAAAGGGCCUUCUCUUGCUCCCUACUAUCCCGCGUUAGGUGGAGGGCAUGCUGAAAUCAAAAGAUCAACAGUCCUCACAAAUUGCACACCUCCCAGCUUCCCUCCUGGGCCUCUAGAGCCCUAUGAACAAAUCACUGACUCGGGCAUUGAGGUAGACAGCCGGAGCAGUGGUGACCCCCAACUGGAGACCACCAGCACCAUCUCUACUGUGUCCAGCAUCUCCACCCUGUCUUCUGAAGGAGGUGAGACCCUGGAUACGUGCACCGUCUAUGCAGAUGGACAAGCCUUUCUGGUGGACAGGUCUCAAAUCCUGUCUAAACCAAAACCCAAACCUGCCAUCAAGAGCAAUGCACUUUACAAGGACUCUUUGCCUGAGGAGAACGUAGGCUCUUUCAGAAUGCCCUCCUCUGUCCCACCUCCACCCCCUGGAUCUAUUCCACCAGAACCCUUGAAAACCCCAACGCAACGAACCUCAAAGCUGUGGGGUGACCCUCCGGAGAUGAAAGGACCCCAUGGGCCUGAAACCAAUUCAGUUCUGCAGCAUGUGAACAAGGACAAAGCACCAAAGCCAGGGGAAGCGUUAGACUCUCCGACUGGAUCCAGGACUCACUUUGGAACAAGAAAUCAGGAUGGUGUAUCCCUCAUCUCAGGUACACAGCAAAACACCACCGUUACCUUCACUGCCCAGCCUGGCCCCAACGUGCCUGCCCCGUCACCGUGCCGACAGGCAGAGAGCCUGCCUCCCCACCACCACACCCCAAGCCCUAUCAUGUCCCCACCGGACUCUGGCCUCAGCUGUGCCUCUUCCCUCCCAACCUCGGCCACUUCCCCCACCAUGACGGACGUCUUUGGCCUGCCCACACCGCCCCUCAGCCUGGGCACAGGGCGUAGCCGCUCCCCUUCCCCACUCACCCUCAUCCAGGCUGCAUCAAAUAAGCCCUUUGCCACCAAACCUGUUCUCUUGUGGAGCAAGCAGGAUGUGGCCGACUGGCUCGAGAGCCUGAACCUGGGUGAGCACAGGGAUGCCUUUAUGGACAAUGAUAUAGAGGGCAGCCACCUGCCAAACCUGCAAAAGGAGGAUCUGAUCGACUUGGGUGUGACUCGUGUGGGUCACAGAAUGAACAUCGAGCGGGCGCUUAAAGUCCUUUUGGACAGAUGA